AUGCAGACAGAUAAAUCUGCAAACGAAAAAGCGACGUAUAAUAUAUGUAAAAGGACAACCUCUUUGGGUGGAAGAGGAAGACAUGCGAACACUUCAAACUUAAAAUCACAUUUGGAAAAGUAUCACGAUGAAGAAUUUCGCAAUGUUACAAGAAAAGAUACUAAAGAACAAAUAUCUCAUAUUAAAAAUAUAAUAAAAAGGCAACAUACAGCAGCUGAAGUGGAUCCAGAAUCUUUGGAAGAUGAAGAUAAUAUUCCCUUAAGCCAUUUACAAAAUAAGCAAAAUACAUUUUGGGAAACUUUUUACAGCAUUGCUUCUACUUCGGCUUCCGAGACCAGUACUACAAAAUACAUGAAGCAAGGAAGUGAAAAUGAAAUAAUAUUAUAUUUGGAAUCUUCAACUCUAUUAAAAGAUAAAUCUUCUUUUGAGUGGUGGGAGGCAGAAAAAAAUAAAUUUCCCAGUUUGUACAACGCAGCUUCAGUCUACCUUUCAGCACCCGCUGGCAGUGUGUCAAGUGAACAACUUUUUAGUGAAUUAGAAUUAGAGAUGGAUCGAGACCCAGAAGGGGUUGAAGGGGAGGAGGAUGAAAUAGCUGUCGAGACAGUAACACAGGGGAUGGAAAAACAGGGGGAAGGGACGCGUGGAGGAGGGGAAGGAAUAGAGCAAGACGAUGAAGAGUAUGAUUCUGAUGACAUUGAAUGGUUUAACGUAUGA